GGGCGGGACCAGAUACGGUCACGUGAAGGGCUCUCGGCUACCGGGUCACGUGACCGCGGCGCGGAUCAGCUGAUGCGGGAGGGUUUGAAGCCGCGCCGCGAGGGAGGGAGGUCGCAGUGACAGCUACGGCCCCUGGGACCCAGGCUGCUGCCCCGCCGCACCCGCCCGCGUCCCGCGCUCCCGCCCCAGCAUGACAGCCCCGGCGGGUCCGCGCGGCUCAGAGACCGAGCGGCUUCUGACCCCCAACCCCGGGUAUGGGACCCAGGCGGGGCCUUUGCCGGCCCCUCCGACACCCCCAGAAGAGGAAGACCUUCGACGUCGUCUCAAAUACUUCUUUAUGAGUCCGUGCGACAAGUUUCGAGCCAAGGGCCGCAAGCCCUGCAAGCUGAUGCUGCAAGUGGUCAAGAUCCUCGUGGUCACAGUGCAGCUCAUCCUGUUUGGGCUCAGUAAUCAGCUGGCUGUGACAUUCCGGGAAGAGAACACCAUUGCCUUCCGACACCUCUUCCUGCUGGGCUACUCAGACGGGGCGGAUGACACCUUCGCAGCCUAUACGCGGGAGCAGCUGUACCAGGCCAUCUUCCAUGCAGUGGACCAGUACCUGGCGUUGCCCGACGUGUCACUGGGCCGAUAUGCGUAUGUCCAUGGCAGGGGUGACCCUUGGGCCAACGGCUCAGGGCUUGCUCUCUGCCAGCGGUACUACCACCGAGGCCAUGUGGACCCAGCCAAUGACACAUUUGACAUUGAUCCAAUGGUGGUCACUGACUGCAUCCAGGUGGAUCCCCCUGAGCGGCCCCCUCCGCCCCCCAGCGACGAUCUCACCCUCUUGGAAGGCAGCUCCAGUUACAAGAACCUCACGCUUAAAUUCCACAAGCUGAUCAAUGUCACCAUCCACUUCCGGCUGAAGACCAUUAACCUCCAGAGCCUCAUCAACAAUGAGAUCCCGGACUGUUAUACCUUCAGCGUCCUGAUCACAUUUGACAACAAGGCGCACAGCGGGCGGAUCCCCAUCAGCCUAGAGACCCAGACCCACAUCCAGGAGUGUAAGCACCCCAGUGUCUUCCGGCACGGAGACAACAGCUUCCGGCUCCUGUUUGAUGUGGUCGUCAUCCUCACCUGCUCCCUGUCCUUCCUCCUCUGCGCCCGCUCACUGCUUCGAGGCUUCUUGCUGCAGAACGAGUUUGUGGGGUUCAUGUGGCGGCAGCGGGGACGGGUCAUCAGCCUGUGGGAGCGGCUGGAAUUUGUCAAUGGCUGGUACAUCCUGCUGGUCACCAGCGACGUGCUCACCAUCUCAGGCACCAUCAUGAAGAUCGGCAUUGAGGCCAAGAACUUGGCGAGCUACGACGUGUGCAGCAUCCUCCUGGGUACCUCGACGCUGCUGGUGUGGGUGGGCGUGAUCCGCUACCUGACCUUCUUCCACAACUACAAUAUCCUCAUUGCCACGCUGCGGGUGGCCCUGCCCAGCGUCAUGCGCUUCUGCUGCUGCGUGGCCGUCAUCUACCUGGGCUACUGCUUCUGUGGCUGGAUUGUGCUGGGGCCCUAUCACGUGAAGUUCCGCUCACUGUCCAUGGUGUCUGAGUGCCUGUUCUCGCUCAUCAACGGCGAUGACAUGUUCGUGACGUUCGCCGCCAUGCAGGCGCAGCAGGGCCGCAGCAGCCUGGUGUGGCUCUUCUCGCAGCUCUACCUGUACUCCUUCAUCAGCCUCUUCAUCUACAUGGUGCUCAGCCUCUUCAUUGCGCUCAUCACCGGCGCCUAUGACACCAUCAAGCAUCCCGGCGGCGCAGGUGCAGAGGAGAGUGAGCUCCAGGCCUACAUCGCGCAGUGCCAGGACACCCCAACCUCUGGAAAGUUCCGCCGCGGGAGCGGCUCGGCCUGCAGCCUUCUCUGCUGCUGCGGAAGGGACCCCUCGGAGGAGCAUUCGCUGCUGGUGAAUUGAUUCGACCUCGACUGCCAUUGGACCUUAACCCUGGACUUCGGAGACCCCCGCCCUCGCUUAUUUAUUCUUAGGGUUUGCUUUUAAGGAUCGGCUCCCUGCCGCGCCCAAGGAGGGCCUGGACCUUUCGAGUCGGACCCUUGGGGCGGGGAGACAGGGUGGGAAGGGUGUUCAAUAAAAGGGAAAAUAAAUGUGUCGUUCUCAUUUUUA